AUGAUCACACUAACAGAGCUAAAAUGUCUAGCAGACGCCCAGUCGUGUUACCACAUCCUGAAGCCGUGGUGGGACGUCUUCUGGUAUUACAUCACCCUGAUCAUGCUGCUGGUGGCCGUGCUGGCUGGAGCCCUCCAGCUGACACAGAGCAGGGUUCUGUGCUGUCUUCCCUGUAAGGUGGAAUUUGACAAUCACUGCACCGUGCCUUGGGACAUCCUGAAAGCCAGCGUGAACGCAUCCUCCAAUGCCGGGAUGCCACUUCCGCUGCCCCUCAGAAUCCAGAACGACCUCCACCGACAGCAGUACUCCUACAUUGACGCCGUCUGUUACGAAAAGCAGCUCCACUGGUUCGCCAAGUUCUUCCCCUACUUGGUGCUCUUGCACACGCUCAUCUUUGCAGCCUGCAGCAACUUCUGGCUUCACUACCCCAGCACCAGUUCCAGGCUCGAGCAUUUUGUGGCCAUCCUGCACAAGUGCUUCGAUUCUCCGUGGACCACCCGCGCCCUGUCAGAGACAGUGGCUGAGCAGUCAGUGAGGCCCCUGACCCUCUCCAAAUCCAAGGUUCUGCUCUCAUCCUCAGGGUGCUCAGCCGGCGACGUGGAUUCCAACAAGCAGUCAUUGCCCUACCCACAGCCUGGCUUAGAGUCAGCUGGCAUAGAAAGCCCGACCUCUAGCGUCCUGGACAAGAAGGAGGGCGAACAGGCCAAAGCCAUCUUUGAAAAAGUGAAAAGGUUCCGCCUGCACGUGGAGCAGAAGGACAUCAUCUAUAGAGUGUACCUGAAGCAGAUCAUAGUCAAAGUCAUUUUGUUUGUCCUCAUCAUAACUUAUGUUCCGUAUUUUUUAACCUACAUCACUCUGGAAAUUGACUGUGCAGUGGAUGUGCAGGCUUUUACUGGAUACAAGCGCUACCAGUGUGUGUACUCCUUGGCAGAAAUAUUCAAGGUCCUGGCUUCGUUUUACGUCAUUUUGGUUAUACUUUACGGUCUCACCUCGUCUUACAGCUUGUGGUGGAUGCUGCGGAGCUCUCUGAAGCAAUAUUCCUUUGAGGCACUGAGAGAAAAAAGCAACUACAGCGACAUUCCAGAUGUCAAGAACGACUUCGCCUUUAUCCUCCAUCUGGCUGAUCAAUACGACCCGCUUUACUCCAAACGCUUCUCCAUAUUCCUGUCAGAGGUCAGUGAGAACAAACUGAAACAGAUCAACCUCAACAAUGAAUGGACGGUCGAGAAGCUAAAAAGCAAGCUUGUGAAAAAUGCCCAGGACAAGGUAGAACUGCACCUUUUCAUGCUAAACGGUCUUCCCGACAAUGUCUUCGAGCUGACAGAAAUCGAAGUGCUAAGCCUGGAGCUGAUCCCUGAGGUCAAGCUCCCCUCUGCGAUCUCGCAGCUGGUCAGCCUCAAGGAGCUCCACGUGUACCACUCAUCGCUGGUGGUCGACCACCCUGCCCUGGCCUUUCUAGAGGAGAAUUUAAAAAUCCUCCGCCUGAAAUUUACUGAAAUGGGGAAAAUCCCACGCUGGGUGUUUCACCUGAAGAAUCUCAAGGAGCUUUACCUGUCAGGCUGUGUGCUGCCUGAGCAGGUAAGCACCAUGCAGCUGGAGGGCUUUCAGGAUCUGAAAAACCUGAGGACCCUCUACUUGAAGAGCAGUCUCUCCCGGAUCCCACAAGUUAUCACGGACCUCCUGCCUUCGCUGCAGAAGUUGUCCCUCGAUAACGAGGGGAGCAAGCUGGUUGUAUUGAACAAUCUGAAAAAGAUGGUCAAUCUGAAAAGCCUGGAGCUGAUCAGCUGCGACCUGGAACGUAUUCCACACUCCAUUUUCAGUCUGAACAAUUUGCAUGAGUUAGACCUCAGAGAAAAUAACCUUAAAACUGUGGAAGAGAUCAUUAGCUUUCAGCACCUCCAGAAUCUUUCCUGCUUGAAGUUGUGGCACAAUAACAUUGCUUAUAUUCCAGCCCAGAUCGGGGCAUUGUCUAAUCUAGAGCAGCUCUCUUUGGACCAUAAUAACAUUGAGAACCUGCCCCUGCAGCUUUUCCUAUGCACCAAACUACAUUAUUUGGAUCUAAGCUAUAACCACCUGACCUUCAUUCCAGAAGAAAUCCAGUAUCUGAGUAAUUUGCAGUACUUUGCUGUGACCAAUAACAAUAUUGAGAUGCUUCCAGAUGGGCUGUUUCAAUGCAAAAAGCUGCAGUGUUUACUCUUGGGGAAAAAUAGCCUGAUGAGCUUGUCACCUCACGUGGGUGAGCUGUCGAACCUUACUCAUCUGGAGCUCAUCGGUAAUUACCUGGAAACACUUCCUCCUGAACUGGAAGGGUGUCAGUCCCUAAAACGGAGCUGUCUGAUUGUCGAGGAGAAUUUGCUCAAUACUCUUCCUCCCCCUGUAACAGAACGUUUGCAAACAUGCCUGGAUAAAUGUUGA